CUGUGACCCCGCUGCUCUGGCUAUGCUAAGGGUUCGUACCAACAGAUGUUCCGCAGAAAACACAGUAAAUACCCGCUUUUUAUGAAAUGUGCCGCAUUAAACGAUGAUUGUGUAGUCACAAGAAAAGGUAACUACUGUGGCAGCGGUGUUUCUCAUGAACGGCGGUCACUCUUUAGCAGCGUAUGUUUGUGUUUUAAGUUUACCGCAGCUAGCUGGCUAGCUAACUUCAGCUUGUUUUCCAGCUAACCAAAAGUGAAACAGGAAGAGGAGCUACAUGAGUGCGAGCUCGUGGAGGACGGCUCCAAUAAAACUCAACCGAGGUAUCAACCUUAUUACCACAUGUAAACAUGGUUGCUUCCUGGCUUUAGCAACAGCUUGACCAUCUUCAUCAUGGACUCCUGAAAUCAUCAGGCUUCAGCGACUCAUCAGGUCGCUUGCGGUCGUUUUGGACCAGAGGUCACCGUUCAGCCUACAACCUGUCUGACUUCCUGAACAAGAGGGAGCCGAUGGGGAACUGCUGUUGUCCCGCUAAGAGUCCCUGUGGCAGUGCGGAGGAAAGAAGUGGUUUACUGGAAGAUGAUUCGAGGGCCACGGUGCCCACAGGUGUAACAGUAGUGGAUGGCAAUUGUGGUCCUGACGGAGAUGAUAACAUGAGGAAAACACCUGAUGCGGACAAUAUAAAGGUGGAGGAAAAGGCUGAGGCUGUUCAGGUGGAGCACAGUCCUGAGAAUGGAGAGUCCGAGCCCAAUAACACCCAGGAGAAUGGACCCUUGAAGAAGGACAGCAUUCAAACCGCAACGCCUUCUGACUGCAAAGGGUUUGAACUUAAAGAAAACUCCACCAGAGAACAAGAUGAAGAGAUGAAGGAACCUCCAGACAACACUGGACAAGCUGAACUUCUGCAAUGCACUUUACAAUCCCAGCAGAGCACCUGUGCUGCAGCUGAAUGGGAGGUUUUUACAGAAAUAAAUGUGGCGCUAGGAGAAGAAAAUCCAUUCUCUGCACAGGACAAAAUCCCAGAUGGCGUCUCACAAACAGCCGAGUCAGUCUGCCCUGUAAAGGCUUCCCGUACUGAGACAACCACAACAACAGAGCACAUUGCAGUGAGCACUUCUCAUGAUGAUAGGGAAGAAGCAGGCUCCAAGGCUGCUGUUGACAUUAUUGUAACCGAACCAUCAGGGGAGAUUUCUCAAAAUAAUCAAGUGCUGUCAGUGCCAAACACUCAGGUGGAUGCAGCGGCUUGUCAGGUCUUUUCCGUCUCUGUGGACAGUCAGGAGAUCAACAGAGAGGCUCUGAGCUGUUCUGUGACGGAGGAUUCAGACAAUGGGAGUUCUUCAGAGUCCAAGCGGGCUGGUCCUGAAGACUUAAAAAGCCAUGAUGUCUCUGAGUCUUCUCCUGGAUCAGAGCCCAUGGGACUGAACCACAGCGGUGAGGAGCGAGAUUCCUCCAACUCUGUCAGGGAGCCAGAAACCACUCCUCCGGCAGACGCCAGCGAGAGCUCAAAGUUUGAUCAGAAUGCAAAACCAGAUUCUGAGUGUUCAGCCACAAGCCAGAAGGAGGUCACUUCCUUGGAGAACGUCAAACAAGAUAUUGGGGAGGAAAUGAUGCCGAAAGUGCAGGAUAAAGAUGUUCCCACAGCGAAGGAGGAUGAUGUGAUGAACUCGGAGGCAGGGGACGCUCCCUCAGGGACCGAGACUCAGGCCGGGAAUGAUGCUGAGAUUCAGGAGGUAACUGAAAAAGAGGAGCAGCUGGCAGGGAGCGCUGCCCCUGAUGUCAAGGUUGAAGUGCUACCUGUCACAGAGAAGGAUGACCCUGCUGAAGAUGACCUGGGGAACAGUGAAGAAGACCUGUACAGAGGGGCCGAGGAGCUGUCAGUGUCCCAAAGUGAUAAGCCAGGACCACCGUCUGUGUUCGAAACUACACUUUUAAAGGUGGAGGACAGAUGCAGUUUGGCCCUGGCGGUGGAUAUUCUGUCUUACAGCGAGAGAGAGUGGAAAGGAAAUACUGCCAAAAGUGCUCUCAUUAGAAAGGGUUAUAAAGAGAUGUCCCAGAGGUUUGGCAGCUUGAGGAGAGUGAGGGGAGACAACUACUGUGCACUCAGAGCCACACUGUUCCAGGUGCUCUCCCACAGCACCCAACUGCCUGCGUGGCUGCAGGAGGAGGACAUAACUGUGCUGCUGAAACAACUGGAGGCCCAGGAAGGUCUGAUAAGUCAGUGGACAUUUCCUGGAGAGUGCCUGCAGGGAGAUGGUGGGACAGGAGAUGUUGCAGAGCAGCUAAAAGGCUACAUGGAGCUUCUCCGAAAAAAGUGGCAGGCAGCAGUGGACUGUUCUUCUGAUGUGGAGCGGCAGCAGCUGUGUGAGCGAGUGUUUCAGAGUGGAGAAGAGGAGCUUGGGCUGCUGGAGGCGCUCAAGCUGCUGAUGCUGGUCCGAGCUGUGGAGCUGCACAGCUGCAUGCAGGGCGGCGGAGACGUCCCGCUCUUCUGCUGGCUGCUGUUCGCGCGGGACUCGUCCGACUGCCCGCGUUCCUUCCUCUCCAACCACCUCAGCCAUGUGGGCCUCAGUGCCGGGCUGGAGCAGGUGGAGAUGUUCCUGCUGGGCUACGCCUUGCAGUGCACCAUUGAAGUUUAUAGAUUGUACAAAGCUGACACAGAGGAGUUUGUCACCUACUACCCAGACGACCAUAAGGACGACUGGCCGUCAGUGUGCCUCGUCACAGAGGAUGAUCGCCACUACAAUGUACCAGUCGUAGAAGCUGCAGAACUACACAAGGAGCUCAACUCAAGCUGAUUGCCGCUGCAGAGAAAUCUCCUGCCAUACAAACAAAACACUCCUCAGGUUGAUGAAGAUGAAUAGAUUUACACCAAUUAAAGGAAUAGUUUGACAUUUUGGGAAAGAUGCUCAUUAGUUUUCUUGCGUUAGAGUUGGAUGAGAAGAUGCCACCCCUAUGCAGGGUAUCGGCAAGAGAUUCUUGGUGGAAGACUUCCUUUCCUGGAGACUUGUCAUCACUGUGAGGUUCAACAAGCGAGAUAUAAUGUGUAAAUAAUUGAGCUUUAUAGGUGUUUUUCUUACCUUUGGACAGGCUAGCUGUUUCUUUCUGUUUGCAGUCUUUAUGCUAAGCUAAGCUGAACUGCUGUAUCUUUUAUACUUAGUGGUAUCAAUCGUCUCGUCUAACUCUCUGUAACAGAGCGAAUAAGUAUAUUUCCCAAAAUGCCGGAUUGUUUCUUUAAAAAUAUGCUGAUUUUGAGACCCUGUACAAGUUGUGGUUUACACACUUUUGUACACACUGUACUGUAUACAGAUUUUUCUAUUUGGGUAUGUGUACAUAUAGGGGCAUCCAAUGUUGCGGGCUCAUCUCCGUUACCUACAAAUUAGAUGGCAGGGUGUCAUUUUGAGUUUCAGAUGGGGAGAAAAAGAGAAGCCCAAAUUUCCUGAGCUACCUUGUUAUGUUUUACUUAUUUCUUUAUAAAAUCCUGAUUAAAACACGAUAGAGCUGCCAACAGCUCCAAAAACAGACGGUUGAUAUUUACACUGGGAUUUCGGCACUUUGAUUAAUUUAUUCUUUUUCAUUAUGUCAAAAAAAAGAAAGAAAAAAAAAAAAGCAUUUUAAAUGAAGAUGUGACCGUCGACAGUGAAACGACUGAAUUAGUCUAUGAGGGGUUUGAUGAUUUAUCAGGUUUACACCAGAUGACGAUCGGAGGACUUGGAAGAUUGAUCGCAGCCUCUGUGUCAGGGGUGUGAUUUGUGAUGGUCCGUGUGUAUGUCUGCAAGUAUGUGUGUGUCAAACUCAAUGUGUAACAUGUUGCCUUUAACCAAGCUGUUCUGAAGGGGAAAAACAAAAUGUGCCAAUGUUGCUGCAAAUACUGGCAACAGUCCAAACCACCAGCCACUGGAUUCAGCAGAAAAGGCUUGCUUGGUCCUCCAUGUUGCCUUAGAAAUAAUGCACAAUAAGAAUGAAUGUUGGUUAUUUGUGAUCAGAGGCAUUUUGCCCCAAUGUCAGAGCAGGUGAUGAGUUAACAGUAAAACAUUGAUAAUGCCAUUUGCAGGAAUGUUCUUGCAGUCAGAUUUUUGGAUGGCAUUUAAAUAAAAUGGAAGUACCGCUUUUGUAAAAGUAUUUUUUUUUUUUUUCUUUGUGAUUGAAGUCUCAAGACAACCUGAUAAACCUGUAACACCUCGGAAAGCACAAUUAAUAUCGUUUUAUCAGCUUGAUACCCAAUACGUAAUUUUAUAAGAAUUAUACACAUGAUUUUGAACUGAUAGAUUUCCCCUACAAAAUGACUUUACUUCUGUUUGGGGGUUCGCAAACUCCCCCUGUAAAAACUGGUUAAAUACAAUCAAUUAUCUAUAAUUGA